AUGCCCCACAGGCUGGUCCUGUGGAAGCCUCGAAAUCCUCCCCCCCCAAAACAAGAUCCAAGACCGCAGGUGGUGCCAGAGGAAAAGCCUGCAGCGCAAAAAAAGCCUGUCCCCAAUGUAUUCCAAUUUCUAGAAGCCACCGACGCCUCGUCCUCCUCAGAAUCAGAGUCCCACUCCGACUCUGAAUCGUCGGAGGGAGAAUCCUCCCCUCAUACAGCCAUCGCGAAGAUCCAGUCCCCUAAGCCGCGGUCAAAUCCUGUGUCGCCUUCUUUACUGGCAUCGAAGGCCAAUGCACAGAAGUCCCCUACAUCCUCUACUAGUAUAUCACGGAACUCUAGCGGCUCCCGUCCGCCAGUACCAUCGGCCCCGUCACCACCUCCAAGGAAGCAGAUGCAAAUUUCACGGAAGCAGCAGAAGCCGUCUGCCAAAUCACUUACAGCACCAUCGCCACCUCCUGAUGAAUUUCAAUUACAAAUAACUCGCCCGGAAAGCUACUAUGCAUCCAAAGAGACUGCUUUACACCGCCAGCCACUUCCACCCUCACCCCCAAGCAGCCCAGAAGACAGCAUCCAUCGCGGUAUACCUACUCGCCGAAGGGACUCGAGUGCAUCAGAAGUAUUGUCGGGUUACGGCCUCGUUGCUUCAUACCUCACACGGUCCUCUGCGGAGGAAAAAGGCUCAUUCCCUCCAUUGUAUCGACGCUUCGAAAGUGUCAAUCAUCGGGUGCUGCUCCACCUUCAAGAUGAGAUAUCGCAGAUGGAGGAAGAUUUACAGGCCCUCGACGAGUAUGAGGAAAUGCACCGUGUAGCGGCAGCCGAGAAAGAAGGCUCCAAAGUCGUUCCCGCAUCUCGCCGCGUGGAAGCCCAGACCCAGGCCUACUCGACUCUACAUUACCGGCGCAUGGAGCUGAUGGCUGCCUUGACUCAGAAAACCGAACAAUAUAUUCCUAUAGUAAAGUCAUCCAGACACUCCCCUCGUGCCUCAGAAGACGAUAUCUCCAACUACCGCUCCUGGAUGAAACAACGCAAUCCCAUUGCCGCUUCUGAGACCAGAUUCCUAGACCGAGGCUCCGAUCUUGUGUCUCUCACCCCGCGCCUCGCCUCAUCGGCGGCCUCCGCCCCUGUGUAUAUGUCCACCUUCAUCGCUGCGGGGGCGAUCCUAAUGCCACUGCUGGCAUUCAGCCUGAUCGCGGAGUUUGCCGGCCGACUCGUCGUGGUUACAGUCAUCGGCGGUGCAGCCGCAGCCAUUGCGGCCAACUAUUCCGCCGGCAUUGACACUUUGAUUGACUCGAGGGAUGGCUGGAAAUGCGCUUCUGUGUAUUUUGGCUUCAUGACUAUCGCUGCGCUGUUCAUACCUUAG